CGUUUCAGUUCUUCAAAUUGUUUUCAGUCUUGUUCGAAGUUCGCGUCGUUCGGUUGUUGGCAACGCGGCGUGUGCGCGUUAUUUUUUCUCUCUCUCUCUCUGUCUCACACACGUUUUUAUUCAAAAUAAAAAUAUACAGCAAAUCAAAUAAAUAUGUGCGAAUAAUGUAAAUUUUGGCAUAGAAAUAGCUUAAAAACCAUAAACAACAAAUAAAAGAAAUGCACCACGACUGAGAGAAGAGAGAAUACAAGCGAAAUACAACGAAAAAAAAUUAAAUAAACACAAAAUAAAAAACAAAAGAAAACUAAACGGAAAAGAUUAAACGACGCCCACACAAAACAUACAAAACUACACGUAGCCGCUAAGCCGACAACAACCACAACAACAGCAACAGCAACAACAGCAACAACACUCAACUACACUCCACUGACAACAACAACAACAACAACAACAACGACACUUGGCUGUGGCAAACAUGGAACGUCGCCAAACGUUAGACUCAUCGAUGUCUUCACUUUACUCGGCCAGCUCCUCGAAUCGCCAACAUCAGCUACAGCCUCUGCCUCAGUCGGCUUCGCAGUCGCACUUGGCGUCGCAGUCGCAGUCACAGUCACAACUAGACGCCUUCAAUUAUUCAGCAACAAUGUCAUCAUCAUCACCAACUCCGAGUCAGGCAACUAACUCCAACUCCAAUUCCAACUUGAAUUCAUCCUCACUCCGUGCCACAACCAUCGGCACUGUUGUUGUCCGUUGUGGUCCCAUACAACUGGUGAUAGCACUUUUGCAAAGUCCCGAAAAGAUUUACAUUAAAGUUGUCGAAUUGGAACCAAAGAUUACAGCAUUGGGUGACAAUUUUGAUGAAUCACUGGAAAUGCAAAGGGAACACGAUGAAACACUGCGCAAUCUACAGAACCUGCCUGGUCCCAUGGAUGAAUUCGUGCAAAAGGCCGACAAAUUGUUGGCCAGCAAAAGAAUCAGCUCCGAGUUGGUAAAUGCGAUGGCAGAUACCUUAAAUAUCAUCUGGCAGGAUAUAUUGAAUCUGCUGCAGGAUCGACAACAUAUUCUGCAUUUGUGUACACAAUUUCACGACAAGAUGACGCAGUGUUUCCGAAGAAUGGAUCAAUUGGAAUUGGCCUGCAGUGAAUCCAUGUUGCCCACAGAAGUCGCUGGAGUUCAGGAGUUUCUCAAUAAAUUCAAACAAUUGAGAAUUGAUAUGUUAACUGGAGUUAUGGCGGCUUUAAAGGAUGGCAACGAGCUGUUGUCCCAGCUGCAGGAGCUGGAGAAAUUGGAGACACUGGACACGCGACCGGAGCACAUUAAAAGAGAUGCCACACGAGCGGUGCACCAGGUGCAACAAUGGCUGGAGGCAUUGCACGACCGUCGCAAUACCCUGGAAUUAUGCUGGCAGACGCGCAAAACGCAACUGGAACAGUGUCUGGCAUUGAAGCUGCUCGGACGCGAGCUCAUCGAUCUGGAGGCGUCUCUGCAGCUGGCGAGGCACGAACUCAACUCCAUGUACAGUCUGGGAGAGUGCGAGCACUCGGCGAAUCAGACUCUCCUCAAGUACCGCGAGUGGAAGCAACAGGCUUUAAUCCUAAGAGAUCGCGCCUUGAAGAUCACCCGAGCCAAGGAGAAAGUGCAGGCUUCCGGUCACUUUGCCGGAGAAGAAGCUUGUGCUCGUGCCUACGCCGUAUUGAGUGGUUGCACGGAGCACCUGGAUUUGGUGGAUCAGCGGGAGCAUUGGCUACAGCAGUCAAGGGACUUCUUUGCCAAGGCGGAGCAUACUCUGAGUGUCCUAGAGAAACUCGAAUUGGAGCUGGCCAGCGUCAAAUUGCCGCCCAAUUCUCCGGAGAGUUAUGCCAUGUUCGCCAAAGUCUCUCGGGAUGUGCGCAAUUUUACGGAGGAGCCACUUCGUUUGGGUUAUAGCAUCUUGGAUGAAGUUGGACGCACUCAACCGGAGACUCAGGGCAUUAAGCGAGUGCUCGACGAGCUGGAGAAUCGCAAGGCCUACAUCGAGAACAUCUGUGCGAACAGCAGCGAGGAUCACGAACGUGUCCAGCGUGCUCUCUCCGAGUUCCUCUCUCAGCACAAUGAGCUCCUCGCCUGGUUGCGUGCCUCGGGACAACUGCAACUGCAACAGAGCAUCAACAUGGGUCGCAAUCUGCCGCAGGCCAAACAGUUUCUACUCCAACAUCACGAACUCAUGCAGGAUCUGGAGAUCAAAGGCGAGCUCAUUAAUCUGCUAUUGGAAUCCAUCAAACAACAUCUGGAGUCUCUCAGUCCACAACAACGCUACGAUGUGGACUCCAAGGCGGAGUCACUGCACAAACAUUGGAUCGAGCUUAAGGAUUUGGUGUUGAAACGAGUCGAUUAUGUCUCUUUGCUCAUCGAGUUCUUUGAGCAGGCAAACGAGCUCUCUAGUCAACUGGAUCAUCUGCAGCGACAACUGCAACAAACUCCAGACGAGCACAAGUUGCAGUUCCUGAAGGCCACUUGGGCCAACAUUGCCGCCAGUUAUGGGGAGCUUAAGUCAUCUGGAAUGAGAUUCAUCAGCUUGAAAAUUGUGGAUCCAUAUCUCGAGACGAAAUCCUCAGUGCAGGCAGUGGAAGAGACUUUGAACAGCUUCAGUAAGCGACAGAUCGACGUGACGAGCAGUUUGGAAAACUGGACAACGAAUAUACAGGAAAAGCGACAAGUCGAGUAUCUACUUGAAAAAGUCAUGAGUGAUAACGAGGAGACUGUGGCCAAGAGCACACAGGUGGAUACUCAGCUGUAUCCCGUGUUUAGCACUUCCAGUCUGGACUCAAAGCAAUUGUUGUCGAGCACACGGGAAAAGCUGUCCUUUGUCAGCCAGGAUAUUGAACGUGCUCAGGAGGAGAUACAGCAACGCAUACAGACCACUUUAGGCAUACAGACAAAGGAUCAGCAAUCAUUGUCCAAGAUCGAGCAGGUGAUCAACAACUUGAGAAUGUUAAAGGCGAAAUUAGAUGGAAUCAAAUACGAUUAUCGCACCUUGUUGGAGAGUGUACUGCAAUUCCUAGAGAACAUUGUGCAGUUGCGUACAGAGAUCGAUGCAUAUUUUGCAAGAUCGGGAUCUACAACGGGAUCUACAACUGUGGAACGCAACAUUGCCGAGCAUGAGAAAUUCCGCGAUCAGUGUAUGGAUAAAUUUAGAUCGUUAAUCACACAAUCCGAACUGUUGAUCGAUCGUGUGCGAGUUUUGGAACCGCCGGGUGCUCGCGAAAUCGACACUGAUCGCAUUUUAAAGUUGUUGGAGAAUCUGCGCAUUCACUUCGAGUCGAACAGCAGAGAGAGAAUGUCGUCGCUGGAGCGUCUCGAGAAGAUCGAACAAUUCCGCAACGAUCUCGAUGACAUCGAUCGCAGUCUGGAUAGCGUCAGCAAACAAUUGCACGAUAUUAAUGGGCAGAGUGUCGAUAGUCUGGCUGCUGCGAAGACCACAUCGUUGGCAUUCGAGUAUUUUGAACGUACCAUAGAGGUGAUGUUCAAUGCCCAAAUUGAUGCAGAGUACCGCGAGAUAAGCUACUUCUACAGUAGCGUCUCCAACAAGGUGCCCUAUUUAAGGGAUCCCGUCGAGGCCUCCAAUCUGGUCAAUGACAUUGAAAAGUAUGUGACCAGUCGCGAAUCGGCGCUGCGUGCCAAGUUGGACAGUGCCUCCCAGUGUGCCCAUGACAUGAGCAAGGUGUCCACUCUCUACAACGAUGUGAUGAACAUUUUCCAAUCGUUUAUCAAGCUGAAGAUGGACAUCAAUAUCGUUAUCGAGCGCCUCAAGCAGGAGCAGCGACAGCGGGAGCAACAGGAGAGAGAGGCACGCGAUCAGGCGGAGAGAGAUCAGGCACUGAGAGAGGCAGAGGCCAGGGAGAGAAUGGCCAGAGAGGAGCAGUCCAGAUUGGAGGCACAACGUCAACAGGCGGCCAUUGAGCAGGCACAACGGGAACUGGCAGCCCGACAGCUUUCCCUGAGGGAACAAGCGGUGCGGGAAGAGGAAGCACGACUGCAGGCAGCCAGGGAACAGGCGGCCAGGGAACAGUUCGCUCGGGAACAGGCUGCGCGGGAGGAGGAACAACGCAUACAAACUUUAAGGGACAUUGCCAAGCGGGAGGAAGAGCUGCGACUGCAAAUGUUGAGAGAGGAGGAGACGCGAUUGCACAAUAAGCGAGAGGAGGAGAUCCGAAUGAAGCGAGAGGAGGAAAUCAGAGUCAAGCGUGAGGAGGAAAGCAGACAGAAGCGAGAGGAGGAAGCUCGCAUCCAAAGAGAGGAGAUUUCACGACUGCAGACACUACGGGAUCAGGUGGAUCAACAGCGCAUUGUCACGGAGAACAUACGCAAGGACAUUCAGGUGAAUCAGAUCUUCACCGAGCUGCGUUAUGCCUCUCCCCUCUUUGUGCGUCCCCUCAAAGACGCCUUGACCCGCGAGGGAGAUCGCUUUGUAUUCGAAUGCGAGGUUACAGGCACUCCGGAACCCAGUGUGGAGUGGUUCAAGGAUGGCAUCAGCAUCCAGAGCAAUGCCGACUACAAGACCAGCUUCGACAAGGGCAUCUGUCGUCUGGUCAUCGAGGAAACCUUCGCUGCCGACAGCGCCCGAUUCAGUUGUCGUGCCUCCAAUUUGGUGGGAACGUGCGACACAAAUGCCACACUGACAGUCCGCGAAAAUGCCGCCGAGUUGCAACUUGUGGCGCCGCGAAUUGUGCGUUUCCUGGAGAGCGGCAAGGCCACUGAAGGUACCUCCUUUCAGUUCUCCUGCGUAGUCAGUGGUGUUCCUCUACCCACUGUGCAGUGGUUCAAAAACGACAAAUGCAUCGAUGACUCGCAGGAUUAUGUCAUCAGCUAUAAUAAUGGAGAGGCCAACUUGAGAUUCGAUGAAGUCUUCCUCGAGGAUGACGCCGUCUACACUGUCAGUGCCUCAAAUCCCGCUGGCAUUGAACACUGUUCAGCCAGUCUCAUUGUGGAACCCCUGGAACCCACUGAGCUGCCCUGUUUUAAGAUGCCACUACAGAAUGCCAUGGCUCGUGUUGGUCAGAAGAUCAAACUGGAAGCUCUGGUCACUGGCAUUCCCAGGCCCGAAAUCUACUGGCUUCACAAUGGAAAACCCUUCCAGCCACGCGACUUAAAAUACGAAAACGGACGCGUUACGUUAAUAAUCGCACAGGCGUAUCCAAACGACGCCGGAUCCUACGUGUUGAGUGCCAAGAAUUUAGCUGGCGAGGCGUACAGCAGUUGCAAUAUCAUUGUCAAGGGUCGUCUGCCAAACGAGACGUCCGAUUCGGAGAUGGCCAGCGAUAUUGAGCCGAUUCGACCGGCUGUCCAUAUGCCCCUCAAGGAUGUCUCCAUGUUCGAGGGUAAGCCCGUCCGAUUGGACUGUGUGAUUGUGGGUCAACCGGAACCGGAGGUCAUUUGGUAUCACAAUGAGCGACCUGUCAAGGAAUCUGCGGAUGUUCAGCUGCUAUUUCAGGGCGAUCGCUGUUCGCUUUUCAUACAGGAAGUGUACCAGGAGGAUGCGGGAAAUUACAAAGUGGUUGCCAUUAAUUCGGCUGGGGAAACGUCGAGCAGCUGUGAGCUGAAGGUGACACCACUCAACAUGGCCGAGCCGGCGACCCGAGCACAAGUCGAGCGACAAUCUCUGCCAAAGGAGACGCAGCCGAAGUUUGAGAGAUUACUCUCGGAUGUACUGGCUGAUGAGGGGGAACAGGUGGUUCUAGAGGUGCAGGCGAGUGGCGAUCAACCACUAAGAGCACAGUGGUAUCUGACCAACAAGGAACUGCAACUGAACGAGCGGGUGAUCACACAAUCCAAUCCCGAAAAGGGGAACUUUAAACUGAUCCUCAACAAUGUGGAGGCCAAUGACAAAGGUGUUUACACUGUCAAAGUCUCAAAUAAUGCUGGAGAUGCCAAGUGUUUCUCCCAUCUGAUUGUCAAGUCGGUAAAUAUGCCGGAGAAUCGUCGGGAGAGUCAAUCCUCUAUAGAGAUCGUGGAGCGUCAUGUCUGUCCCGAGUUCAAGGAACUUUUCAGUGAUAAACAGGCACAGAUCGACGAUGUUGUCAAGUUCGAGUGCAUUGUGAUUGGCAAACCGAUGCCCAAGAUACAUUGGUAUUUCAAUGAUCAGCCUGUGCAUGGACACAAUUUCCUCGUCUCGACGAGCGGAGAUCGUCAAGUUCUUACUAUACAGAAAUUAACCCAUGAUGCCGUUGGCAAGAUCAGUUGUGUGGCUGAAAACGAAGCUGGCAAAGCGACCUGUGUUGCUUUUCUCAACAUUAUUGGCAGCGGUCCUCCGGCCUCAAGUGAUCUUCAGACCAUGACCCAGGAACACAAUACGGAAUCCUCUCGUGUCACGAUCAAGAAACAAACAUUUACCACAACCUCAACAUCGCAGGUGAAUUCCUAUGAGGGAAAUGUGCCACAGACCGAAGUGCAUCAUUCCUCAGCCCACAUCGAUCAGUCCCUAAAACAAUUCGGACAACAAAGACCCGAGAUCGUCGAGAGUCAUCAUUAUCAGGAGCUGAACAAGAGCAAGGAGAUGAGUAGUCCGAGUCUACAGCAGAAAUCCUUUACUCUCGUCCAGUCCUCCAAUGGAGUUUCGCCACUGCCCGAUUCUCCCACACGUCUGCGAAAGGAGAUCGCACCACGUUUCACCACACCCCUGAGUGGAAAAAUUGUGGAUCAGGGCGCAAAUGUGAGCAUGGAGGCCAUUUAUGAUGGUUAUCCCUCGCCCGAGAUCAAGGUGGAAAAGAAUGGCGAUCAGUUGUUCGAUAAUGCCCAUACCAAGAUCUCCAACAAGUGCAAUCGUGUUACCAUCGAACUUAAGGAAGUGGGCGUGGCAGAUGCGGGGCGUUAUGCGGUAACCGCCUCCAAUACAGUGGGUCAAUCCACAAGCACCGCCGAUUUGGUCGUCAAAAAGACCAUCUUUCCGCCAGUCUUCGGUCGUCGUUUGCAGGCGCAGGUUAGCAAAAAGGGUGAGAAAUUGAUCAUGGAAGUGGAGGUGACAGGAUUGCCGGAGCCAACAGUUACCUGGCUCAAGGACGAUCAACCCAUCAAGGAUGCCGGACUCUCCGAGCAUCGUCUGCUUGCCCAGGGCAACUGUUACAGGCUGAUCAUUGAGAGAGCGCAAAUCUCUGACUCUGGCAAGUAUAUGGUGAGGGCAACAAAUGCCGGAGGUGAGGCGAAGAGUAUUGCGGACUGUGCGAUAUUGGAACCAUCGCCGGAACGGAUGCAGGAGGUGGUCAAGACGAUCGUCUAUGAGGCACCAGCCACCAGUGAAUUCAAAACUGAAAACCACUUCAAUCGAGAGCCACAGUCGUAUCAGAGAAAUCAAAGCGAUGCAACCACUGAGAAUGAUAUGCAUGGUCUCUCCGAGUCGAAAGUAACCACUGAGCAUCGUUGCACCACCGAGGCAACAAUGCGUCUAGAACACAAAUCGACCUAUCUCGAUCUGCCCGAUGAGCUGACACCACAGCGACCAAAGACACCCACAACCACAACCACUAGCACCACAACAACCACAACAACCACCAAUAACAAUAACAAUAACACUGCCAGCAUGGAUCAAAUCGAUACACAAACUUCCAGUUUUAGAGCAACACAACAAAUCCCACCACCAGUGCCACCCAAACCCUGUACGCCCAUUGUGGCCACGCCCUUUGGCCAACCACUCUCCGAGCAACCACUGCAAAUGGAAACGCGUUACGAGAUCAGCAAAAACGAACAUAAAUCGAGCUCAUCCUUUGAGUAUUUCAAGAAAAUGGAUGAGAAUACGGUCACCCAAAGACCUAAACCACUUGCCCAGAAGCCCCUAGAGACGGUGGUGCGUCAGCCACAGGCUCAAACACUUGCCGAGGAGCUGAGGAGCUUAAAUCUGAUACCCGGAGCACCACCAGAAUUUUGUUAUACACCAAAAACGGAGCAACAAACACCCAAAAAGCCUUUAAUACAGGAUAAAAUAAAAAUAUUGGAGGAAGUGCAGCCAAAGGAGACACCACCACAGGGUGGUGUGCCCGUCUUUCCACCACCUUUGAAUCUACAGAGUGUGCAGCAUGAAACCACCAUGACCAAGGAAGUCAAAGUGGAAUAUGGUCACCCUAUUUUGCGUCCUGCGGCGAUUUUGGCCACUCCGGCACAACAAAACACACGUUCGCCCUCGCCCAAGCCCUCGGCGGAGGGCGUGGCCAUGUCCAAGCUGUGGACACCGAGUGGUGUCGCUGUUGUCGGUGGUUCAAGUGGUGCAGAUCCGGAACCGCCAACGAUCCUCAACAAAUUGUCAACUCCGACGCCGACAAAGGAAUUGAAUGCGCCCUUUUUGGUGCAACAGGUGGCUAAAACAAUAGCAACACCCACUGUACCACCCACUGUUACCCACCGUGUCAACAUUGAACUAGAGCCUGGCGAACCACCAGAGAUUUGUUUUGCUCCCAAAGUGCAAGAAGUGCGACGUCCAUCUUUAGUUGAGAGCAUGGAACAGAAAUUGGAACAGAAUCUAAUACAGGGUCCCAGUAAAGUGUUGCCCCACUCGGUGCCCACUUUGACACCACCGCCACCCAGAUCGAAUGGCGCCAUCUAUCGGCCACCGCCGCCUGUGUUGCCCACACGAAAUCUUCUGGGUGCCUCCUAUGAAAGCGAUUACGAAAGCGAUCGUUACAAAUACAGUGGCAGCGAAUCCGAUGAGCCACGUGCACGACAGCAACAACCACAGCAACAACAACAGCAACAACAACAGCAACAACAACAACCACAGCAGAGUUCAAGCUUCUUCAAGUCCAGUGGUUAUGCUGCCGACACGGAGGAGCACUCCAGUUAUCGCAAAUCCGAGUCGAGUUUCUAUGAGACAAAGUCUUCUUCUUCCACCACAACUGCACCACCAACGAAGCUACAACCUGAGCCACCAGCUCAGCUUUACUUUACACCACAGCCACCACAGCAAUCUCAGCAAUCUCAACAAUCUCAGACGAGUUACAGUCAGGAGGCGAAGAAUUACAAGUACAGCUCGAGUAUGCAACAAAGUAGCAGCAGUUCGAUGCAGCACGAGACCAAGUACUCCUCGACUGCCACGCCCCUAAUUACGCCCAGUCCCGUGCCGGCACAGCGUAAAACGCCCGCCGGUGAAUUCAGCGAUUACAGCAGUGAAAUUGAUGAGCGUUUCCGUUCCGUUUCCCGUGCCAAUGAAUCCGAUGCCGAGAUCAAAGGUUAUCGUGUGGUUUUCCCACCAACUCCAACACCGAGAACCAAUGUUGCCAAUGGUCACAAAUCUCCAGUGGUUGUGGUUACUCCAUCUCCCAUGGAAUUUGAGCCAACUCCAGCCGAAAUCGGCAGCUAUUCGAGACCCAAGUUCGAGCCAAUUGGCAGGGAAAUUCGCCAUGAGAUUCGCACGGAAAGCAGCUUCAAGAAAAGUCAGCAACAACAACAACAGCAGCAACAACAACAACAACAUGUCUUCAAGCCAAAGCCUGUGGCAGCCAAGUUUAUAGCCGCCACACAACAGCAACAGCAACAACCACUGCCCAGCUCGCGACCCACCAUGUACUACAAUGCGGUGGCAGGUGCACCACUGCACCACACCGCAAAGGUUGCACACGAGACCAAGAACGUGAUGCAGAUGCACGAGUCCACAGAGAGUUCGCAGCGCGUUGUCAACAUGCAACAGACGAAGCGCGUCAUUCACUUCGAUAACAAUAGUUCAACAGAAUAUCGCACGCCCUCGCAGCUGCCACCGCCGCCGGCCACGCCCACCAAGUUCAUACCGGGCGAGUGUCGGGAGAGCGACUACGAGAGUGAGGUAGAAGGGGCACGCAUACAGCCGCUAUGGUCACCCUACGGCGAUGGCCUGACAAAGGGUUAUCGCCGUGUGGCGCCUCCACAAACAGGAGGAAGAUCCUGCAGCUUGCCCCGCACCUACGAACGUGUGCUUUCCCCCAUGGAGUUCGAUCGUGGUCCCGAAAUGCCCAGUAAAAUUCAUGUGGACAUUAAUACAUUGAGAAAGGAGCAACGUGGAGGCAGCACGGUCACCAUACAAAAUCGCACACAGUCUUUAAAUCGCAACAGCAGCAUGAGGCAGCAACAACAACAACAGCAACAACAACAACAACAACCACACUACGGUCAAGAUCAGCUCGACAAUCAACAGCGAGGCGGAACUUUGCCACGUUACGGCUACAGUUCCCUACAGCAUCAGGCGGAGGGACAGGGCAAGCGAAUGAACUCGACUUUUCUGCAAAAGUCGCAUCAAUUCAUCGAUGAAAUCAGCAGGGAUGUGCAGAACUCGUCAGGAUUACGUCCCGGCUUCAAACGCGCUCCCAGCGAGGGCAGCAAUCAACCGCAGGCUUACAGGGAUGAAUCUCGAGUCUCUCAAUAUGGCACCAAAUGCGUCGAUCCCAAUACCGGUUUAAUCUAUUUCAAAUAUGACUUUGGCUAUGAGUUUGGCAUACUGUUUCCGGGCGAGGGUCACAGGUUUGUGAGCAGCCAGUGGAACAGUCAAGGAAAUAGCAACAACAACAACUCCAUCAACAACAACAACAAGUACAUCAAUAUUAAUAAAAAUGGACGACACUCGCCAUAUCCAUUGAAACUUGCCGCUGGCAAUGAGCUCGUGAUUCCGGUGCAACAUGAACGCACUACCGGCUACAGUUCCGACAGCAGCUUUGCACCGUCUUUGAAUCGCGCCAAGCCAAGGUCAGCCCAAGGUCAGGCUCAAGGUCAACGCUUUGCACACAAGCGCUAUAGUCUGCCGAGCAGUCACAGCCUCGACAUUCACCUCGAUCGUCUGCACGCUCAGGCGCCUCGUCUGCCACCCGAGCAAUUGGUGCGCACAGUGCCGGAAUUGCCCAAUACGGAGCCCGUCAAUGCCCAUUUGAACCGCGAUGAACAGGCACAAAGGCCGCCAUUAUUCAUAACGCCCCUGAAAGAUAUAGCGGUGGGCGUGGGCGGCACGGCGAGAUUCGAGUGCAUUGUGCAGGCGCAUCCGCAGCCGCAGGUCAACUGGACCCACAAUGGCCACCAUUUGGAGCUGGGCAGUCCGGCGGGUCAUCUCAUUGAGUACCGGAAUGGCGUGUGCCGUCUCACAUUGCCUCAGGCGUAUCCGGACGACAAUGGCAGCUACGUUUGCACCGCCAUGAAUCCACUCGGUGCAGCCAGCACAACCGGAAAUUUGAACGUUUCGAGCACAAAUCGUGGAUUUAGAUAUUAAGCAUACAUAUUUACAUACAUUUUAAUUCAAUAUUUAUUUAUUUUUAUGAUUUGUUCAUGCCAAAGUUUUAAAUCUUUAAUUCUUCUCUCUGUGUGUGUGCGUGUCUCUAAUUCAGUUUUAUAAAAAAGAAAGUUUCGUUUUAAAUUCUCUCUACGUGUUGCGCAUCCUCUGAUCCUGCGAUCGCAAGGAUCAUUAACUAGCCGCAAUCUCCGACUACGUGCAGAAUGAGGGACUAUAGUAUUACUUGUGUUUUAUUGUCGAAAAAGCAAAAUAAAUAAAUACGAAAACGUGUCAAA